AUGACUGAGAACAUUCACCAACAAUUAGGAUGCACUUGUCGCGGGAGAUUCUCAACGCAGGAGGACCUGCUCAGUCAUCUUGAAGCUGCCAAGCGUCGGGUGGAGGAGCUAAUGUCAGAAUUGCGUGAAUGCCUGUCGCACAGCAUCUGCCGUAUAGAUCCCGACAAUCUCCAGUCCACCAGUAUCGUUGGUCCCCCUGGGUCGAUCGAGAACGAUCAAGUUGGCCUUGCCUACAUGUGUCCGCAUGCAGAGUACAUCGAAUGCCGAGAAGCAUGCGUCUUCUGCGGUACUUCCGUAUCUCGAGUUAGCAAGUAUGUCGGGCAUAUCGAGCGCUGCAUGCGGCGGAACAAGACCAAGUGUCAACCAGAACGCCAGCAGCAAGACGGAGGGGGUAUAUAUACACAGAACCGACGCUUUGCACAGCGCCGGGUGAAAACCCUCAUGGAAAUUGUCGCCAAAGAGCUGAGACUCAAGAUGGGAGUUGAUGAUUCGGAUUCUGAGCAAGUUUCGGAUGAAGAGUUGCAAAUGCUCGACUGCCACCAAGAUUCCCCCCAGAGCCAGCAGUCCCGCUCACCUCAUUUACGCAAGCGAAAACGGGCCAAGAUAUGUGACUCGAGUAGCAGUAUCGAUCUUCGGCCGCCGUCACUCCUCGACGCAAAUUACCUCCGAGCAGGCACCGAGCCGCUCUCACACGCCAUCAGCGGCUUUGGCACAGACAGUACAGAGCCUGCAGCACCUGUGCCCCAGGAACCCGAUCCAGGGGUGUCACUCUUUCAAGAUGAAAUCCCAUCAUUGGGUCAUACCGUGGGCGCUGCAGACGAUGCCGCGUUACUUGGCGGUCCGUCGUUCGUGUAUUCUCACAUGAUGAAUGGAAAAGAAACUACGGUGCCAUCGACUGCGCUGGCUCCGUUCCUUUCCUUCACGAUAGACAGGUCUUUAGGCCUCGGCAGAGUCUCAGGGAUGGGCACCGAGGGUGAGCAGGAUUGUCUGCAGCAAGACAGCUCCCUAAGAUGGGUCGACGAUUGA